CAAGACUUCGAGGGGAAAAGUACUAGCUAGUGCUCUCAUAACAUUCAUUUUGCAACGUUUUUUCCUCUCACUUCAAAAAGAAGCAUAACGCGUCAGUUUUAUCAAGGAUAUUACACAUUUUAUUCAUUUACGCCAGGUUUUAUGUUGUUUUUAUUUUUUUGCAAAGCUUCGUUUUUGGCGUGUUCUCAUCUGGAAGGAACCUGUGCGUACGUACGAGAAGGUGUAUCCAUUAUGCGCGCCUCUGUGCAGUGGUCUGGUGCGGUAAACGCCCUGUGAGAGAUUUCUGAGAGGUGGUGUCAUCUUUUAGGGCCAGAAGAUUCUAUUUAUAUUAGAAAGCUGCAAUCCCUUAACUAUAACUCAGCCUGAGCUGCUUGUAAGCUACCCGAGAGAGGCUUUCGGGAAUCAUAUGACCUGCUGCAGCUCAUUCCAAAGAUACCGGAAAGGGCGCUCGCUCCCGCAGCUUUUGCGCUCUUUCAAACCACAGUCUUCGGAAAGGGGUACAUCUGGAGGAUGUACAACACCGCAGGACAACAGAAAGACGUUGAAUAUUAGGAUAAGAAAUACUGCUCUUUGUUUGUAACGGAUAUAUAUAUUACAGUUGAGAAGGGACACUGAUAGAGCAAAAAAUGCCGGAGGAAAAAGUAUUUCACCAGCAGGCUGUCCACAGCCCUCUGGAGCAGGGGAAGCAGGGGAAGCAGGGCAGCGGCGGCAGCAGCUCUGUCCCCUGUCAGAACUGUGGCAAGGCCUGCAAGGGAGAGGUGCUGCGCGUGCAGAACAAACACUUCCACAUCAAGUGCUUCGUCUGCAAAGGCUGGGGAGAAACACUACCACCCGUCAUGUGCCCGCUGUGCCAGGUGUGAGCAGAUGUUUGGAGAGGGAGAGGAGAUGUACCUGCAAGGUAACUCCAUCUGGCAUCCUCCUUGCAGACAGGCAGCCAGACAGGAGGAGAAGAGUAAGAAGCAGGUCCGGAUACAGGUCAAUGACGUCCCUGAGCAGCAGGUGAGCAGGACAUCCUCUGAGAGCAUCACCUCUGUCCCAGCCUCCAGUGCGUCUGGCUCUCCGAACAGGGUCAUCUAUGCCAAACUAGGAGAUGAGAUGCUGGACUACAAAGACCUUGCUGCUCUGCCAAAGAUCAAGGCGAUCUACAACAUCGACCGGCCAGACAUGCUCUCCUACAGUCCCUACGUCAGCUACCCCUCAGAGGAACGACACUACGGAGAUGGUGACGGAGAGAAGUCUCCUCGUCAGAGGAGGCCCUCCAGCCCCAGCUCCAACAGCUCCCUGGGGAAGUAUGGAGGGUACACCCCUUCUCGCUCCCCCCAGAACUACAGCAGGCCGGGAGAUCUUUAUAUGGCCAGUAAAGCAAUGGGUAAUAGAUAUGGCCAGGCCCUUGACUCCAGCUCCCUCCCCCACCCCUCAGCCUACACAGGGGGGCCUAAGUACCUCUCCUCCUUGGCUAGGGACUCCUCCUCCCUCCCCAUGGACUACUCAAGGGGUCUACCCCCCAAGUUCCCUGGGGGGCUGCAGGUGCCUGGGCCGUUGACACAGCCUGGUAAUAUGUCUCCCGGUGGCAGAGUCUCUGCUGGAGGCAGAAACUCUCAUCUGCCCCUUAACCCUACCACCAUGGCCGUGCUCCAGCAGCACAACUAUGUGCCCUACUUCAGAGGUAGUGAAAGUGGUCGGAGUACCCCCAGUUUGUCCACGUAUUCCGAUGGCAAAUCUCCCUCCUUCACCUAUGUGGCAACUCCCAGGCAUUUCCACGUACCAGAGACUAAGGUCAAGAUAGAUAAUAUCUAUAGAAAACCCCCUAUCUACAGACAGCAUGCCUCCAGAACUUCCUGGCAAGAAGGAGACGACAUCAAGACAAGGACCAGUUGGAUGAUCUUGAAGAGUGAGAUAGACGGCGAGCCCCUCCCAGAGUACCUGCUGGACCCCAGGAAGUCUACCUGCAGCCUGCCCACUGACACCUCCCGGACCAACUUCCCAUACAAUAAGUGUGCUUCCCUGCCAGGAUAUGGAAGGAAUGGCAUAUACAAGGAGGUUGCCGACCAUGUUGAGGUUGACCCAGACCAGCAGGACUCCCACAGCUGGGGAGGAAUGAGAGAGUACAAGGUGUACCCCUAUGAGGUGCUGUCUGUGACCCACAGGGUGAGGGUGAAGCUACCCAGAGAUGUGGACCGUACCAGACUGGAGAGACACCUCUCCCCAGAGGACUUCCACCAUGUGUUUGGGAUGACCCUGAAUCAGUUUGACCGCAUGGCUCUGUGGAAGAAGAACGACAUGAAAAAGAAGGCACGCCUUUUCUAAAGCCAAGCAGGAGAACGGGAGAAAAAUCAUUAUAACAUCUCCAGUCUACAACGUCUGUCCUGUCUGGAAGAAAGAAAAAAACAUCUGAAAUAAUCUACAUAUGAACCGUUACGUUAAAACUGAGAAACAUCUAAUCGCAGACAGAAUGAGGAGUGGUUGGGAGUACCCAAUGGUUUCACAAUGUCGCUGUAACAUCCAACGUCGAGGCGAUGUUCGUCACCUAUAGCUUUUGUAUGCGAGUGGUCUGAAUGUUACUGUGAUUCACCUUUAAGGGAGGUAAGGGAGCUGCAUUUACAUGGUCCGUCACACCACUCCUCCUCCAAUCCUCUUCUCCUCUCAUCCCUCUAUGCGAGUUCUGCAUCCCGCUCUCCCUUCCUCUGCAAAAAAGAGAAAUAGCAGCUUUUCUAAAAAUUCAUGAGCUUUUUUUCUCUUUGUUUCUGUGUAUCUCACUGGUUUCAUAUGUGUGUUCCUUUUACUGUGUUUGUCUCCACUUGGAACGGUUGAGGUUUUCCCUCUUUUAUCGUUUUCUAAGGUCUCACUCUCUUUCCUUAUCUACCGUGUCUUGUUUAACAUCUCUCUCUCUCCUCUCUCUCUCAUCCCACCUCUCCUUACCUCUCCUCACUCCUCUCUCUCUCUCCUCUCUCUCUCAUCCCACCUCUCCUUACCU